UCGAGGCGUCGAUAUAGUUCGUACAGUACACGAAGGAUAAGAGACGGGGAUGCGUCUAUCUGAUGGUCAUAAAUUAUCUCCGCACCUUUCCAUCUCGCAAUCUCCGAAUAUAUUUCAGUUUGAAAAAAAUUUGUAAAAACAAUCGAUUUACCCGAAAAUCAGAAAAAAUGAGCGAAUAGCAAGACGACGAAGAGAGAAAUAAUUUCAGUAAUAAAACUACCCCGUUCUGAAAAAAAAAUUUUGAUCCAUAAUCAUGAUCGGGAUCGUCAGAUAUUCAAAAUCCUGAUAUACAAGUAAAAUGUUGAUAACGUAACGGUAUUCGAAAGUUUGAACAAGUGUGUAAUUAUAUUAUUUUUUUGUGAAAGUGCGACUAAAGGUGAUGCGGUAAAUUAUCUCGUGAGAAGAAAAUUUGCUCCUCCGUAAUCUAAGAUUACAGCCAUAACAGUAAUCGGGUUUUUUUUAAAAAUACAUGAUCGCGUUUUGAUGAAGGGUGCAACGGGAUAUGAGAGAAAGCGAAAUUUCGCUUUAUAACAUUGAGGGGGCGGAUUAAUUCGCCAGUGUGGAAAAGAUACGAAUAAUAAUUAGGACAUAACGAAUAAUUAUGUCGGUGCAACAUCAUUACCCCCAAGGGUAUCGAUAUCGUUCCGCAGGGAAAGGCAAUGUCAACGAAAGUAUUGGUCAGGAUUCUGACAGUGACGUUGCCGAGUUGACUGAUCUUGAAGAUGGAGAAGACGAAGAUGGAGACGAAGACGAGGAUGAGGACGAGGACGAAGACGAAGACGACGAUGACGAGGGAAACAAUUUACCAUAUCCAGGAUUUGCACCCACAGCAUUACGAUACCUAGACCAAAUGACACGCCCCCGUAAUUGGUGUCUUGCUCUCAUCACAAAUCCGUGGUUCGAAAGGGUGAGCAUGAUGGUGAUCCUCUUGAACUGUAUAACGUUGGGGAUGUAUCAGCCGUGCGUGGAUGACCAAUGCGUGACAAAUCGCUGCAAAAUUUUACAAAUGUUCGAUGACAUUAUUUUUGCAUUUUUCUCUCUUGAAAUGACGAUAAAAAUUGUUGCCAUGGGGCUUUACGGUAAAGGAACAUAUUUAGCUGAUUCUUGGAACAGAUUGGAUUUCUUUAUCGUAGCAGCGGGAGCUUUAGAAUAUUGUUUACACGUAGAAAAUAUGAGUCUGUCUGCGAUACGAACAAUCAGGGUACUCAGACCCUUGAGAGCCAUCAACAGAAUACCUAGUAUGAGGAUACUCGUCAUGUUAUUACUGGAUACGUUACCCAUGUUGGGAAACGUUCUUCUUUUAUGCUUCUUCGUAUUUUUUAUAUUUGGAAUUGUUGGAGUUCAAUUGUGGGAGGGUAUAUUGAGACAACGCUGUUUCCGACGUGCCCUUCCAAACGUCAAGUACCCUGGCAAUCUAUCUAAGUACUUCGAGUAUCAGGACCAGGAUUACAUCUGUUCACGUCCCGAUGAAAGUGGUAUGCAUUCUUGCAGCAAUCUGCCACCGUAUAAAUUUGGUGAAAUAAUAUGCAAUUACACAGCGUUACCGAACAGUAAUGCAACUUACAUAGACAAUUCAUCGUGCGUUAAUUGGAAUUAUUAUUAUACCGAGUGUAAAGGACAAGGUAAUAAUCCUUUCCAAGGGACUAUUUCUUUUGAUAAUAUCGGACUGGCAUGGGUAGCAAUUUUUCUCGUAAUCAGCUUGGAAGGAUGGACGGACAUAAUGUAUUACGUACAAGACGCACAUUCGUUUUGGGACUGGAUAUAUUUUGUCCUUUUGAUUGUCAUCGGAUCGUUUUUCAUGAUCAAUUUAUGCCUUGUCGUAAUAGCGACGCAAUUUUCCGAGACAAAAAAACGAGAACUUGAACGAAUGAGACUCGAGCGCGCCCGUUUUCAUUCUACGAGUACAUUAGCUUCUUCGAUAAACACCUCGGAACCAACCACAUGUUAUGCAGAAAUUGUAAAAUACAUCGGUCACAUGUGGCGGCGAAGUAAACGUAGAUUGAUGAAGAAAUAUCGAUUAUAUUUAUACAGCAGACAGCAAAAACGGGAACAAAAACUCCUGAGGGAACAGAGUCCAAGCCUUUCGCGUACAGUGGCAAUUCAGAUGAACAGAUCAUCGGAUAAGAGGCAGCAUCACAGGCGAUGCCCACAUUACAGACCCCCGGCAGAUGACGGAGAACAACCUACUUCCGGCGAAGUGGGCGUCACAAGUAACGUAAGGGUCGUUCUUGAUAGAAGUGGAAGUUUAAUACUUGCUCCUCAUGCGAGCCCGGAAGUUUCCGAAGCGGAAAAUCCCUGUCGUUCGAGUCUUUAUCAUCCACCAUCUAUUUCAAAUCCUGGCGAUAACAGCGUCGUUUCAGAGACGAGCAACACCCUAGCAAGUCCACUGUGCACGAACUUCAGAAGACGAAGUAGCGUUAUGUUCAACGAUGUUGUAUUACUCCACGGCGGAAGUGCAGAUACUUUACCAGGAUCCGCAGCUACGGGAGAGCGAAAUAUUUGUUCAAGUGAAAAAAUGACACAGACGGGAGAUGGAAAUGUUUGGUCAACGCCUCAGUCGACUUUACAAAUUCAAAGUGACUUGGAACGAAACGAAGCAAUGACCUGCCAGGAAUUACUUGCUCUCAGCGGUGCCCUCAGCGCUGCUCUUCCGACUGGUCAGCUUGCUUUGGAUUCUUUCCUGACUUCUUUGACGAAAGGUAUAACAGACCGACAUGUGGUGAUGAACGAUCCGACGCAAUGGCUAAACCCUGACGCAGAUAACUGUUCCUGUUGUGAUAUACAAAACGAGCAACCUUUGACUGAAGAAAAUGAUAAUAAAUGGCAAAAAUCCCAAGCGAGAAAAGUCAUCGAAUCUACGGGAAACUGUUGCAUAUGUGUUGUUCGAUGUCUUCAACUUUGGGUUAAAAAAUUAGUCGAACAUAGAUAUUUUCAACGUGGAAUUUUAUUGGCCAUUCUCAUUAACACACUGAGCAUGGGCAUCGAAUAUCAUAAUCAGCCGGAAGAAUUGACUAUAAUAGUUGAAAUAAGUAACAUAGUAUUUUCCGCUGUAUUCGCGGUAGAAAUGCUUUUGAAAAUGAUAGCAGAAGGACCUUUUGGAUACGUUAGUAACGGAUUUAAUUUAUUUGACGGUGUCGUCGUCGUACUGAGUGUCGUAGAACUCUGCCAAACGUAUUACGGCGAGAGAGAAGGAAAUUCUGGCUUGAGCGUCCUCCGUACAUUUCGACUGCUACGAAUUUUGAAACUUGUACGAUUUUUGCCAAAUCUUAGACGACAACUGUUCGUAAUGCUCCGUACGAUGGAUAACGUUGCCAUAUUUUUUUCCCUUUUAAUACUUUUCAUCUUUAUAUUCAGCAUCCUAGGGAUGUACCUGUUCGGGGGUAAGUUUUGCAUGUGGGUGGACCGGAGUCGGCCCUGCACCUGUAUCGAGGUGGUAACACGCCACCCAAAAUGUCGCUGUGAUCGUAAACACUUCAACGACAUCCUCUGGGCAACUGUUACUGUUUUCCAGAUUUUAACUCAAGAAGAUUGGAACGUUGUUUUAUUCAACGGAAUGCAGAAGACCUCGCAUUGGGCGGCUCUGUACUUUGUGGCUCUGAUGACCUUUGGAAAUUAUGUCCUGUUUAAUUUGUUGGUCGCUAUUCUGGUAGAGGGAUUUUCUUCUGAGAGGCAUGAACGACGAGAACGAGAGCAACGAGAAAAUGCCAAAGCGAACGAAGCUCGAAUAAGCAGUGACGGUGAUUCCUUGAGAGCUUCCCAAUCUCAUUCCGUUUCCGACAGCGAUACUUACACUCAGGAUCAAAAGAAUUCUUGGCAAAGCGUCGAAGAGUUGAGAAAAUGCAAAGACAACUGCACCAGAGAUAAGCAGAACACUACUACUAUUUGGAGGCAUCCGAUUAACGAGCCGAAAUGCAAUAUUCAAAAAGAAAGUAAAAUGAUGGGAAUUCAACCACCUGUGAUCACUCAUACAGCUGCCACCCCGCAAGAUUCUCCAAACACAACAUUGGACACUGGAUAUAGAGAAUUCAGCUGCCGACCAAAUCCAAGUCGUUCGAUCGAAUCAAUCGAUCGAUCUGCUAGUCAAUGCAGUAUACCAGGCUUACUCAAACCAACGGAUAAUAAAUUUGCUACAAAUAAUUUGGACCCAAAUCAAUUUGCUAGACGGAUUAGUCUCGUCGCUGUUAUUAAUCCAUCAACCCCUAGGGAUUGCAGCUCAAGCAAUCAACGAAUACAGAGAGGGUAUUCUUGGCGUUUAUCCAGACCAUCUUUGAGGCGAAAAAAAAGUCAAUGUGACGAAGAUAGCCAGCAAACGAUAGUUCUUAAUAACGGGAGAAACAGCGUUAGAUCAAGUUCCAUAAAUUGCGGUGAUUAUGUUAAUUGCAAUGGAGGAUAUCUUUAUGGAUCUAUAAGAAACGAUACGCAAUGUGAUACACCUAAUAAUCGUACAUUGAUCGCUAACAAUCGUAGUAUUAGUCCAAAUAAUUCGAUGAAAAGUCGUAGCUCAUCGAUAACACACUACACGACCUCAAACAUGAGGUGGAUCGGAGAUUUAUCUCGUCAAAAUUCGUUGUGCAGUUACGAUCAUUUGCAAGCACAGAAGGUCCCAUUGGAUGAAAAUUCAUUAAACUCGGGAGCGAGAACAAUCAAUAAUUUGACAAUCGAAGCCAGGCCGUUGCCACAGAUAAAACAACUAACGGAAGAUCAUGAUUCGCAACAAGAUGAACAAGCUUCACAAUCCAACGGGAAUGGGAGCACCAUGAAGAUAUUCAUGUUUUUCGAACCAAAGGGUUGUCUGAAGGAAAGAGACGAUUUUUCUUUGUAUCUUUUUCCACCACACAACAGGUUCCGAGUGUUUUGCCGUUGGUUUGUAGAGCAGAAAUGGUUCGACAAUAUGGUCCUACUUUUCAUAGGAUUAAAUUGCAUAACUUUGGCAAUGGAACGACCAAAUAUACCUCCGGAUAGCGGUGAACGGCUUUUUUUAUCCUCAGCCAACUACGUAUUCACAGUUGUAUUCGCAGCGGAGAUGUUCGUAAAGGUCGUCGCAUCUGGUAUGCUUUAUGGUUUUGAUGCUUACUUUACAUCAGGCUGGAAUAUAAUGGACGGAUCGCUCGUCAUUAUUUCAAUAGUAGAUCUACUCAUGUCUUUGAUAUCGGAAAGUAGCCCAAGAAUAUUCGGCAUCUUGAGGGUAUUCCGAUUGUUGAGGUCUUUGCGGCCUCUGCGAGUUAUAAACCGAGCACCUGGUUUGAAACUAGUAGUUCAAACGUUGCUGUCUUCUUUGAGACCAAUCGGAAAUAUUGUUUUAAUUUGUUGUACAUUUUUCAUAAUAUUUGGCAUAUUAGGUGUACAAUUAUUCAAAGGUGCAUUUUAUUACUGCGAAGGACCAAAUAUAAAAAAUGUUCGUAAUAAAACUGACUGUUUGGCUGACAAACGAAACGCAUGGGUUAAUCGUAAAUACAAUUUUGACGAUCUUGGAAAAGCACUGAUGUCGCUUUUUGUGUUAUCAUCGCGCGACGGAUGGGUUAAUAUAAUGUACACUGGACUAGACGCCGUUGGUGUCGAUCAACAGCCGAUUGAAAAUUUUUCUGAAUGGCGACUGCUAUAUUUCAUCGCCUUCAUCCUACUCGUCGGUUUCUUCGUGCUCAAUAUGUUCGUUGGGGUUGUCGUCGAAAACUUCCACAGAUGCCGCGAAGAACAAGAAAAAGAAGAGCGUGUCAGAAGGGCUGCGAAACGUGCUCUUCAAAUGGAAAAGAAAAGGCGCAAAAUGCACGAGCCACCUUAUUAUACGAAUUACUCAAAGUCUCGACUGUUUGUCCAUAACGUAGUGACGUCGAAAUACUUUGACUUAGCAAUUGCCGCUGUAAUCGGUCUUAAUGUUGUGACUAUGGCUAUGGAAUUCUACAUGAUGCCAAAAGCCCUUACUUAUGCCUUAAAAAUAUUCAACUACUUCUUUACUGCCGUAUUUAUUUUGGAAUCUUUUAUGAAACUCUUGGCCCUUGGUCUACAUCUUUACCUGAAAGACAAGUGGAAUCAAUUGGAUGUCGCGAUAGUUAUAUUGUCUAUAGUAGGGAUAGUUCUCGAAGAAUUAGAAUCUAAAAUAAUACCAAUAAAUCCAACAAUAAUCCGUGUUAUGCGGGUACUACGAAUCGCUAGAGUUCUGAAAUUACUCAAAAUGGCGAAAGGCAUACGCGCACUACUGGACACAGUGAUGCAAGCAUUGCCCCAAGUUGGAAAUCUGGGUUUGCUCUUCUUUUUGUUAUUUUUUAUUUUCGCAGCGUUGGGAGUUGAGUUAUUCGGUCGAUUAGAAUGCAGCGACGAUAUGCCUUGUCAAGGAUUAGGCGAGCAUGCCCAUUUCAGCAAUUUUGGAAUGGCAUUUUUAACUCUAUUCAGAGUAGCAACGGGUGAUAACUGGAAUGGAAUUAUGAAAGACACCCUAAGAGACGACUGCGACGAUGCGACUGACUGUGUUAAAAAUUGUUGUGUCAGCACCAUAAUCGCGCCAAUAUUUUUUGUCAUUUUUGUUCUCAUGGCUCAGUUCGUUCUUGUAAACGUUGUAGUGGCUGUUCUUAUGAAACAUUUGGAAGAAAGUCACAAACAGAUGGAGGAUGAACUGGAUAUGGAAACUCAACUGGAGAGAGAAUUAGCCGCAGAACAGGAAGAACUAUUAGAAGAGGAGGAGGUGAAUGACGAAAUUUUGAACACCAGACCAGGAUUAUCAAAGGUCCGAUCGUUACCCGCUAAUUUCACGUAUAAUCCACCUGCGGAAAAAGAUAAUAAUAAAGAAGACUUAUCGAUAACGUUCAACGAGCGAAGAGGAUCGAGCUGCCGGUCGACGCGGCCAUUUAAAUAUAAAAUGAAACGUAGACAGACGUUUCACACUCAUCAACGUACCGCUUUGAUUCCAACAAGUAUGAUGUCCUCGGCGCCGAUUCAUUUCGAAGUUGCAGAGGUCAUAAAACCUGCUAGUAAUUUAAGCGUACCGCGUAUAAUAUCACAGCAUCAUUCUCCGAAUACCGGAAGUACAAAAUAUCUUCAUCCGCCGGUGAUUCCCGAUGUUGAAGACAAGUGUUACCUAACAGUGAAUAACACGUCAAAUGACUCAAAUCAAAGAAGGCCACCGAUGAAUAUUAAUUCGGGUGAAUCAAACGCUCAUCUGAUACCCAAGUGUUCUAGCUAUCUUUUACGUAAUAGUGAGUAUCUUUCAAAGCAUAGAAAAUCAAACGAUUCACAAUCCUCGGACACAAGUAUUAGCUGCAAAUUACCGAAUCUUACGCUACCAGCAGUCAACGCUUAUGGCAAUAAUUAUUUGCCCAAAAAUAAACCAGAAAUAGUUAUGAAAGAAGAAAAAUCGACGGUGGAUCUCGAUUUGGAUGUACAGUCGAUAAUAAAUGAAAGAAGACCGUCCAAAUUAAAAUGUAAUAAUUUCAAUGGCAGAGGAAAUGGCGGAGGCGGAGCGGCGGGUGGAUACGUAUCACAUACAAACAGUUUUAAUCAUAUUUAUGCAAGGGAUGAGAACGAGGUGAAUAAUUCUUCAAAUGUGGAAAAAGAUGUCAAAGUUUACGUAGACGACACUGAUCCACAGAGCGGCGAAAAGGAUAAAUUAAAUGACCAUCAGCUGCUGGAGCGCAGUGAUUCCGGCGAUAGAUCGUUAGGAGCGUUAUCAAAUAUUUCUCUGAUCACAUCAACCGAAAUAAACAUUCUUACAAAGUCAACAGAAGAUCUGAGAAAUUCACAGACCAAUAAUAGUCCAUAAUAGUAUUUAUUCGUACCUGUACGUUUUCUGUAACAGAUCGUUUCUAUUUCUACACAACUAAUAAGUUUCGUAUACGCUAUACAUAUAUACAUAUAGUUUGUGAGACUUAUAUACAUACGUGAAAUCAAUCUGAAUUACCUGAAUUAAUGUGUCUAUACUGUGCAUUUGUAGCUGUAAAGAGUACUAAAAAAAAUAAUUAAAAAAUUGGUAUAUCAGAUUCAAAGACAGUCAAGGCAUCGUUUAUAUACCUUGGCAAAAAAUAAGAGGAUGUUAUAUUUAUUAUUGAUGAGAAAAAGAAAAAAAAAACUGUUUUUGUUGAAAAAAAGAAGCAUAGACAACGUGGGUUGUAUCUAUUCAGAGUCUAUUAGAAUAUGUAUUUACAAAUUAUUAGCGAUUAAAAAAAGCGUAAUAUGUGACUAUUACACUUUCUUUUCUCAAGCUAAAUAUAUAUACCUAUAUGAGUUGAAAGUCUAUGUUCAUUAUCAUUAUUAUGAUUAUUACAGAGUGUUGUUCAUUAUAGAUGAUCUAGUAUAAUGUCAAUUGUAAACUACAAUCAUUAAGUAUAAAAGAGGAAUUAUCGCAAUAAAACAACGUUUCUGCAUA